GCAUUCAUCGUUGAGUGUUCUCUUGCGAUGAACCGUUGGUAUCCAGGGCAGUAGGGCACUUUGUGUCCAUCCGUGGUUGGUAUGUGCAUUGCACUUACACCCAGCUGCUAGCCAGCGGCUCUCCAUGGAUCGGGAGGAGUCUGUCUCCUCCCUGGGAAGCAUCAACCUGGAUGCCAAGCCCAAGAAGAGCAUCCUGAAGCGGAGCGAGCCGGACGCCGUCGAGUCGGGCGACGGUGGCGGCGGAGCAGGCGGCGGUGGCCGGCGCCACGUGCCCUUCAGCCACAUCCUGCCUGAGCUGUCGCGGCUGGAGGAGGAGGACGACCGGCUGGGCAGCGCCGCCGUCGCCGCCGCUGGCUACGACCUGCAGAGUGUCAGCAGCGCGGCCAGCCUCAGCCCACUCAGUUCUGACGACCAGCUGGGCGGUGAGCCGCCGCCGCGCCGCUCCGACAGCCCGCCGCCGUUCGAGGAGGACGCCCUGCUCAGGGGGCCGCUCCGGCGCAGGAAGCGCGGAGUCCGCAUGAAGGGCCGCCAGCCCUGGAGCGAAGUCUGCUGA